AUAAUUUCGUUUGCCGUAGAGUUUUUCCCAUUGCUCAGAAGUAGGUAGGUUUUUUCGGAAGCCGUUGAGUUUAUACAUAAAAGUAAACAAAAAUUGACACGAGGUUAAAGUAAAUAUUAGUAUGGAUCUAUUUUCAGUUUUUUAUGACGACAAUUUAAGCCUGAACAGUUCUGAAGAAAGCACUGAGGAAAGUGGAAUUCUACAAGAAAUUGUUGAAGAGGAUGGGAAAAUCACAGAUAUUGACUUUUUGCCAGUAAAUUGCAUUGAUAAUGGAGACAAAACCAAACUUGUUUAUCAUUGUAAAUCACACGAAGAAGCAUUGCAUUGUAUCAAAAAAUAUGAAUUAAGAACAACAACACGAUUUGUGGUGUAUUAUGCUAAUAAAAAUUUUGGUAACACAGAUACAAUUACAUCGAAUCAUAGUGUACUUUGGGAAGAUUCUGCUAUUCCUUAUUCAGGAAUACCUUAUAUUGUUAUUUCAAAUAAAGUUUUAGAUUGUCACCAUGGGUUUGACAGAAAUGUUAAAAAAAAUGAUUACAAAAAAAAUAAAAAAAGACAUGAUAUGGAUGAUCAUUGCUUUCAAAAAAACUAUUUAAUUUUACAAGAUAGUAAAAAGUUUAUGUGUCCUGCCAAAAUAGCUAUGAAGGAAAUAAUUCACUUUCCUGAUUUUAAGAUAUCAGAAAAAACUGAGUGGCGCAAAAAAAACGCAUCAAAACUUUUGAGACAAAAAAUAAAAACUUCACCAUUAAAUGAAAUCCAACAUACAAGAACAAUUGUAGUUUCCAUUGAUGAUUUGUCCUGUCAUGAUAAACAUCCUGUUGGACAGGCUGACUUGAUUUCUCAAAUGAUUGAUCCUCAAAUUUCUAAAAAAAUAGAAGAAUAUGUUAAAGAAGGAAUAUGCAACAUUAGAGAAAUGAAACGUCUUCUUCAACUAUUUGUUAAGGAUAUAUUUGAAAAAGAAAAUCUUCCUCCUCCAAAUAAUAGAAGAUUUUAUCCAUGUGUUAAUAUUAUAAGAUCACAUAUAGUUAAAAUGAAGCAAAAGUUGAGAUAUUCCAUGAUUGAUCAAGAAUGUCUUUUGAAAAAGUGUCAUGAAUGGAAAAAAAUUGAUCCACAUAUUAAAGUGUUAAUUCGACCAAAAUGUGAAGUUACAGACAAUGAAAUUUGUAAAAACAAUUCUACAUUUUUAUUUGUUUAUCAAUCACAGUGGCAACAAGACCUUCUUUUGCGAUACGGAAAUGAGAUCAUUCUUCUUGAUGCUACUUACAGAACUACAAGAUAUGCUCUUCCAUUAUUCUUUUUAACAGUAAAGACUAACAUAGAUUACCAAAUAGUAGCCACUUUUGUCACUGAAAAUGAAACAAAAAAAGCUAUUACUGAAGCACUAAAUGUUAUAAAGAGUUGGAAUGCAUUGUUUCAGCCUUCGUUUUGUAUGACAGAUUAUUGCAACGAAGAAAUCGAGUCAUUAGAAACUGUUUUUCCAGGUUGUCGUGUCAUUAUAUGCGAUUUCCACAGAGAGCAGGCCUGGGAUCGAUGGCUUUCCAAAUUAACAAAUGGGUGUUCUGAUUAUAAAGGUAACAUAAUAUCAAUGUUACGACGUAUUGCAAGAGCGCAAAAUCAGGAUGAGGAAGAUGCAGCUAUUGAGAAGCUGCAGUCCUCCAAUUUUUGGUUCGAUGACAAGUUUCAUAAAUUUAAGAAGUACAUAACAAAUUAUUGGUUGUGCAACAAAGAAAAAUGGAUAUGGGCCUAUCGUCAGGAUCGUUUAUUAGUUAAUCUAAAUACCAACAAUGGUCUUGAAAGACAAAAUGAAUCUUUUAAGUAUUCUUAUCUUCAACGCCACAAAAACUCAUCUCUUACUGGAAUGCUAACCUUAUUAAUUGAAGAGUUUUUUGCUGAUAAAUUUGAACAUUAUUCAGAGUCGAACUAUAAAAUGAGUUGUGAAUAUAAACGCUACAGUGCUAGUGUACCUGAAUACCUGCUUAAUCGACCAUGUCAUUUUGUCAAACAUUGUUUAAAGAAGCAAGAUUUAGCUAACAGUGUUGAUAUAAAUGGAGUAAAAAUUAAGGACACAUGAUCAAAUGCAAAAGUUGCUUAAUGUUAUAUCAUAGAAAGUGCGAAAGUGUUCCAGACUCUAUUUUGAGCAAUAAUAACAUGUGGUCUUGCUCUAGCUGUAGAACAAAAUGAAUCCUAAUCUAUAAACAA